AUAUUAAACUGCAAAGAUUGUCGCUCCACACGCUUUCUUCAUCUAUUACCAAAUUUCUGAUUCUCUCUCACGAGACGAAGCUUCAAAGAUCUCCGAUCUCCGCUUUAAUUUGAUUUGCAUCCAUAAUAUUUAGGCUGCCUUUGAGAGUUGUUGAUAUGGGUGAUAGCAGUGCAUCUUCUGGUUUGCCAGAAGAAACCCCAAACCCAAAUCCCGAUGGAAAUGCUCCUUCUGAAAGUGACCUUGCACUCAAUGCGCUAGCUCGAAGGGUUCAAGAGUCAAUUGGCCUCGAGAGGAGACACAAGUUUUGGGAAUCUCAACCUGUUGGGCAAUUCAAAGACUUGGGAGACACUGGUUUGCCUGAAGGGCCUAUUGAAGCUGCAACACCUUUAUCUGAAGUCAAGCAGGAACCAUUCAAUCUUCCAAUCAUGUAUGAGUGGGUCACAUGUAAUAUUGACUCUGAUGAGAUGUGCACAGAGGUUUACAACCUUCUGGCAAAUAACUAUGUUGAGGAUGAUGAGAACAUGUUUAGAUUUAACUAUUCAAAGGAGUUUCUGCACUGGGCUCUUCGCCCCCCUGGUUAUUAUAAGAACUGGCACAUUGGUGUCCGUGUUAAAAGUUCAAAGAAGCUAGUUGCUUUCAUUACAGGUGUUCCAGCAAGAAUCCGGGUCCGUGAUGACAUUGUUAACAUGGCAGAGGUUAAUUUUCUAUGUGUUCAUAAGAAGCUCAGAUCAAAAAGGCUUGCUCCUGUCAUGAUUAAAGAGGUGACAAGGAGGGUUCACUUGGAGAAUAUCUGGCAAGCGGCAUAUACUGCUGGAAUUGUUAUUCCAACACCAAUAACUUCUUGUCAAUAUUGGCAUAGAUCUUUGAAUCCAAAGAAGCUGAUUGAAGUUGGGUUUUCUAGACUUGGUCCAAGGAUGACAAUGAGUCGGACAGUUAAGCUUUUCAAGUUACCUGAAUCAACAGUCACACCAGGAUUCAGAAAAAUGGAGCUUCACGAUGUUCCUGCUAUUACACGACUACUCAGGAAUUAUUUGAGCCAGUUUGUGGUUGCACCUGAUUUCAAUGAACAUGACGUGGAGCAUUGGCUUCUUCCUACUGAGGGUGUUGUGGAUAGUUAUAUUGUUGAAAGCUCUGAGACCAAAGAGAUUACUGAUUUCUGCAGUUUCUACACACUUCCCUCAUCAAUCCUUGGAAACCAGCAUUAUUCGACUUUGAAGGCAGCAUAUUCAUAUUAUAAUGUUUCUACAAAGACCCCUCUGCUUCAAUUGAUGAAUGAUGCUCUUAUUGUGGCAAAACAGAAGGGCUUUGAUGUUUUCAAUGCAUUGGAUGUCAUGCAGAAUGAAUCUUUUUUGAAGGAACUUAAAUUUGGGCCAGGUGAUGGAAGUCUUCACUAUUAUCUUUACAACUAUAGGAUAAGGCAUACACUGAAACCAUCAGAGCUUGGUCUUGUACUCCUCUAGGCUUGUUUUUCUGCUAGAAGUGAAUGGAAAAUUUUCUGGGAAAGUUUGCUGUUGGUUUGUUGUAAUAUUGAAUCAUGGCAACACUUGGUUAGUGAUUUAUACUUUAUCUUGCCAUUUAAACAAACAGAUUUUUAUGAAUUUUCUUUUGCUUAGGAGUUAUUGCCAUGGAGUCUUAAACCUCAAAUUCUCGGAACUUGGAACAGAUAGAUCGAAUAUUGAAAGCAACUUUUAGUUUUCUCAUUUAUGACUUGAUUGUUGUCUGCUUGAUUUUUCAUCCUUCAUGUUCAUGUUUGUCGAGAAAAGUUAUGUAUGUUAUUAGGGGAAUUGCCCCAUAAAUUUUCUAAUAAAAUAUUAAUAUAAAUAUUUUGGUCUUUUUCUCUUCCUUUAUUUGUACCCCAUUAAAACAUGAGAGGGAAUUUAGAAGAAUAGUAAAUCAUUUAU